AGGCAUGCUGAUUUGUCUUCUGGAGGGGCAACAGAAGGCUACAUAAAAUGACCCAAUCUGUGCACAUAACCUCCAAACUGCCAAAUCUGAGUGCCCCUUUUCAUUGCUCUGCUGAGGAAGAAUCAGACCAAAGUGGCGCAUAUUCUGUACAGACACCCUAUGGAUUUGAGCUGGACCUUGAUUUCCUCAAGUACGUUGAGGAAAUAGAGAGUGGGCACAGCAUUCGUCGGGCUAAUGUGCACCCUCGGAGGGGAUCUAGGAGUGACCGGCGAAAUUUGAGUACUGGGGGUCGAACCAGUGGCUGGACCUCCACCGAGUCCCUUUCUUCAACAACCAGUGAGAAUGGUCUGACUAACCAACCUUUCCUCCAGAGCCCAAUCACACCACAUUGUAAAUCACAACCACUUUCCCCAUUACCAGUGAUCACUCCCAGUCUACCUACUUGCUCAAAAGUGCCACCACCACCUCCACCACGUAACCCUAGGGUGGAAAGAACACUUCUUGAAACUAGCCUCCGGCUCCAACAAGAGCAAAGUCAGUUUUCCAAUGGAUUAGGCUCUAAUUUGUCUGACCUUUCCAAAGUGGGUUCCAAAAUCAACAGAUCUAAUAAGGACUUCUCUGUAGGUUCUUCACAGCCUUCAGAAGCUCCAUUGCUACCGAUGUCACCUGUUGUGCAGAACCCCCUUUCUGGGGCAUGGACCAGAGCAAGUCCUCAGACUUCCGGAUGGAGCACUCCAGCAUCAAACUCAGGAACAAUGCCUCCUGGGCAGCUUCAGACAGUUCGAGAACAGAUGGCUGCAGCCCUUAGACAGCUGAGAGAGAUGGAGGAAAGAGUGAAAGGAGUACCAGUUCUAGAAAGAGAAGUUGCCAUGCUCCGUGCAGAAAAAGAAAGAUUAGCUGUUGAGCUUCAAAAUAAAACGGAGGAACUUAACGCAGCAGUCAAACUCCAAGUCCCCACUGAGGCAGUAGAGGAACAAGACAAAGAGGAAAUCAAAAAAAUAGCAACCUCUGUUUUAGAAAAAAAAUCCAUAGCAGUAGGUAAUGAUGUUCCUCUUGAGAAUGUGGUUGUCUCCAAUCGUCAAAUGCUCAGGGAUGCUGCCGUUGAAGCAACCAUCGAUGUUUGUCACGCAGCUGUUGAAACCGUUGCUAAUGCCAUGCGUGAUGAAGGAAUUCAGACAGCGGUGCAUACAGAAGAUGUUUCAGUCUGGGUCAUAGAAUCAUUUCUAGGGCUACAGAGCGAGUCGGAGCGAGAAAUCGACAACCUGCAACACACCAUCAAGUUUCAGCAGGAGUCAAUUCAGGUCCUUGAGACACGAUUAACUCAGGUCAAUCAAGAUCUCGAAACUUUAAGGGCUCAGGAAGUUGAGAGAACCUCCAAGAUCAUGUUGGACAAAGAGACAACAGCUAAACCAGAGACAGUCAGCGUCCAAAUGGAAACAUGUCCUGAAGUUUGUUCAGUGGGAGUGUUGUUUCCUGAUGUGACUGACCCUGAUUAUGAUUCAAAAAAUGACCAAAGUAUUCAAACAGAUCCCGAGGAAACGUCAAAGGAAAAACUUGUGGAGCUAAUAAGCACUGGUGUCCAGUGUGAAUGUCUUGAUGACACUGAGCCACAAGAGACCGAGGAACAGACAACUUCUGCUGAGACUGCAGGCCCUCUGAAAUCUAUCAUGAAGAGGAAGGAUGGGAGUGGUGCUGGCGCUGCUUCCAGCAGUGGCAAAAAAAGCUUGAAAUUCGUCGGGAUUCUAAAUGGAGGGUAUGAGUCGACGUCUAGUGAAGAGGAGGAAGAAGAGGAGGAAGAGAGUUCCUCUGAUGGCAGCGAGGCUGGUGCUUGUUCAGACAGCAGUGUGGAAGAAGCGGCAGCUCUAGAGGACACAUCUGAUGAAGAGAUGAAUAUAAAUGCGGAUGAAAGUGAUAGUGAUGAAAACAUGCCAGCUGGGACUGAAGAGUUAAAGGAUCAGGCAGAGGAAGUGAAGGAAAAGUUUGAACUUAGCUCCAAAAUGCGUGAGGCCUGUCUUAUUUUGAAGAACCAUCUUAAUGACGGAGCCAAGGCCGUAAAGAGCAAAGAAGUGUUGUCCAGCACUCAUAGCGUUCAGCUGGAGUGGUUUCGAGUAUCCAGUGCAAGGAUGGCCCAGCCAUUACGUGUGUCAAAUUACCUGAUGGCGUUCUCCGAGGUCUCCCCCGUCCUGCUGGAACACAUAGUCAACAUGACCGACGGCAACGGCAACACUGCAUUACACUACAGCGUCUCCCAUUCCAACUUCGCUGUUGUGGACCUACUGCUUGACACAGGCAUGUGCAAUGUUAAUCAGCAGAAUAAAGCCGGAUAUACAGCUGUGAUGCUGGCUGCUCUUUCAGCAGUGAAGGAGGAGGAUGAAAUGGCCGUAGUCCAGAAACUCUUCCGUCUGGGAAACGUCAAUGCCAAAGCCAGCCAAGCAGGACAGACCGCUUUGAUGCUGGCCGUGAGUCACGGGCGUCAGGAGAUGGUGCGAGCGCUGCUAGAUUGUGGCGCUAAUGUGAACAUCCAAGACGACGAGGGCUCCACCGCGCUGAUGUGCGCAAGCGAACACGGUCGAGCGGAGAUCGUCUCCUUACUGCUGGAGCAGCCGGGGUGUGACAUUUCAAUCGUCGACAAUGAUGGCAGUAAUGCUCUGUCCAUUGCUCUGGAAGCGUCCCACAAUGACAUCGCUGUUUUACUGUACGCCCACAUGAACUACUCAAAAACACAGGCGGAUGCAUCACCUAAAGCAAACUCCAGGAGCCCAACCAGUCCUAGAAAAACAUGGCCCUCAGAGUAAAAAAAAAAGGACAUAUCAAGAGCAAAAAUGGAUAUAAAACGAACUAACUAGCUUUACUGGAAGAUUAACAAAGCCUAUGUUACAAGUCAUAUAUACUGUAUUAAUGAAUAUUCAUUUUUACGCACAUAUUUAAUUAACUAUGCUGCAGCAUAACUAUGUAAAAUACUAUGUAUACUCGUUAAUGUUUACUUUUUAAUCUCCGAAAGGUGUAUUUACUAUGGUAAAUGUAUUAUACCGUGAUAUCAGUGCUUGAAAUAAGGUGUUUGGGAUAAAUCACAACAUAGCUGAGAUGUCAUGUUGAUUACAGGGUUCACAGACUGAACCUUUGUUUUGAUUAGCGGUUUAGCUGCGAUGUUUUGCUUGGCUUAGACAAACCCAUCAUUAAAAAGGUUCAGACAUAUUGCUGCAGAUUAAAGGAAUGCUUGACUUUUUUAAUAGGCUCUUUUUUAUAUUUUCCAAGAGUUAAACUGUUGGGUUUUACCAUGUUGAGUAAAUUGAGGUGAUCUCUGGGUCUAUAGGGAGUACUUUUAGCUUAGCUUAGCAUAGAUUAAUAAAUCUGAAUGAUCUAUGCUAAGCUAAAAGUGGUACCUCGCACAAAGUUCUAAAUGGACUAAAAAAAUUAUUAAUUUAGCUUAUAUAUGUGUCAGACAGGAACAUUCAGCUUAGCAUUAGCUUUAGUUAAACUUUUCAUCCACUCUGAGGUGAUUUAAUGUCAUUGGUGGGUUUUUUUUGAGCAAGAUGCUAAUGGUCAUACCUGAUUCAAUGACUUAUGCUAAGCUAAGCUAAAAGUGCUCCUGUCAGGCACAUAGAUAAGCUAAAUGGAUACAAAAACAGAUUGACCUUAUCUAUGUCUGACAGGAGCACUUUUAGCUUAGCAUUAGCUUCAGUUAGCGUUAUCCAUUCUGAGGUUAUUUUAAGGCUUACAGGCGGACAGUUUUAAGGAAGAUGAUAAUGGUCAUACCUGAUUCUAUGAUGCUAAGCUAAGCUAGUACUCCUGUCAGACCAAAAUUGGCUUAAUGGAUUUUAAAAAUGUCAAACUGUCUUAUCUAUGUGUCUGACAGGAGCAUUUAGCUUAGCAUUAGCUUUAGUUAGCUUCAACUUUUCAUCCACAUUAAGGUGAUUUUGAGUUUUAAAGGCGGUCAUUUUUGAGCAAGAUGCUAAUGGUCAUACCCCAUUCAAUGAUUUAUGCUAAGCCAUGCUAAAAGUGCUCCUGCCAGACACAGAUUGGCUAAAUUUUAAAAAGUUAAAACUGUUAAUGUAUCCAGCUGAUCUGUGUCUGUCAGGAGCACUUUUAGCUUAGCAUUAACUUUAGUUAGCUUCAACUUUUUAUCCACACUGAAGUGAUUUUGGUGGUUAUUUUUCAGCAAUGCUAAUGGUCAUACCUGAUUCAAUGAUUUCUGCUAAGCUACGCUAAAAGUGCUACAUAUAUUUAAAAAAUUAAAACUGUUUUUGUAUCCAUUUAACCUAUGUGUCUGACAGGAGCACUUUUAGCUUAGCAUUAGCUUCAGUUAGCUUCAACUUUUCAUCCACUCUGAGGUGAUUUUGAGUCUUAAUGGCGGUCAUUUUUUGAGCAAGAUGCUAAUAGUCAUACCUAACUCUAUGAUGCUAAACUAAGCUAAAAGUGCUCCUGUCAAGACACAGAAAUUGGCUUAAUGGAUUUUAAAAAGAAGUCAAACUGUUAACUAUGUGUCUGGCAGGAGCAUUUACCUUAGCAUUAGCUUUAGUUAGCUUCAACUUUUCAUCCACUCUGAGGAGAUUUUGAGUCAAUGGCAGUUAUUUUAGCAAGAUAAUGGUCAUACCUGUUUCAAUGAUUUAUGCUAAGCUAAGCUAAAAGUGCUCCGGUCAGACAAAUUGGCUAAAUGGAUUUAAAAAGUGUCAGACUGUUUUUGUAUUUAUUUAGCUGAUCUAUGUGUCUGACAGGAGCACAUUUAGCUUAGCAUUAGCUUUAGUUAGCUUCGACUUUUCACCCACUCUGAGGUGAUUUUGAGUCUUAAUGGUGGACACAUAAGUUGGAAAAAUAGAUUUAAAAAUGGUCAAACUGUUGAGCUUAACCAUUUUAAAUCCAUUUAGCUGAUUUAUGUCUAACAGGAGCACAUUUAGCUUAGCAUUAUUUAGCUUUUACUCUCUGGAGAGUUGUAAAAUGAGCCUAUUUCCCACAAAAAAGUGGAGUGUUCCUUUAAGCUGAAUCCAUCAUCCUGCUGUUCGGAAAAACAAAACCCCUCAGUAAUCAUCAAACACACACACACUGUGGCUUGAUUACACCUGUGACCACACUGCGAUUACAUGCUGUGUGAAAAAGGCUAGCAACAAACACCCACUUGUACUCCACCCUUGUUAUAUACCGCAGAGAUUUAUUUUUAUCUUCCAAUAUAAUUCAAUAAACCUCAGCCAUUACUGGAA